UGUGCGUAAUCGGACACUCCCAUUUGUUUUUAAUUUUCCCCGUCAAAACUGAUCAAAGGAUCAACAGAAAAGCAUGACUUUUUUAACUUAUGGUUUUGACAGCAUUAAUUUUUAGCUUUUUAAUCUUUUCAUCCUUAUUGAAUUUUCAAACAUCUUUCAUGACGAUAUUUUCUCGUUCCUUGUGAUAUUGUUUUAUUUUCUUGUUUCCUGAUAUCACCUUUAAUGAAUUUGGUGACAGUAUUUUUAAUGUCACGUAAGUGAUUUGUUAUAUUACAAUGUCUUCGAAAAUAAGCCUCCCUCACCAUUCAUUUGUGGCUUCUUGGAAGGAAGAAAAAGUUAUAAAAUGGCUUAAAAAAGUAAACUUGGAUGAAUGCAUUCCGUCUUUUGAAAUUCGACAUAUUGAUGGAGCUAAACUUUUAGAAUUAACUGAACAAAAGUUAUUUACAUAUCAGGAUAUGAAAAUCAAGCAUAGAAAACAAAUAGCGAAAUGUGUUCAAGAAUGUAAAUCACAAGCUUCAAAUGCAAAAAGAAUUGCAAAAAAUUUAAAGCAUGGACAAGGAAGCUCUCAUUCCCAUUCAUCUGAAACAAACGGGAAUUAUGACAGCGAAGAUGACUUUGAUGAUUGGGGUAGUGAUUUUGAAGACAGUGAUGAUGAAGUAGUUAGUGAAGAAUCUCUUGAAGUUAACAAUAAUAGUAUUAUUCCACCAUCACCAGAGUGUGAAAGCAAAUCUAGUGGAAGCUCUCCUAUUCAUGAAAUUCCGAGAGAAAAAACCAUUCCAAAACCUCCAGAUAUUUCAAUUGUUCCUAAAUCUGUUGCUGAAUCAAUAAUCACAAGGAAUUCAAAUCAAACAACUUGUGUUUCUAGACCACCUCUUAAAAGACCACCCAGUCAACCUCCACCACCACCAGUCUCUCAGGUACUUAGUCAAGAAGAACCUCAAGAAGAUUAUGAAAUUCCAAUUGUUUCAUCUUCAGCUUCUGUCAACGUUUCUAGUUUAUCUCUUCAGCAAAAUACUGUAAAUCAAACGACUGUGAUUGAAACUUAUGAAAUUGUUGAAGCGCCUGAAGAAAACUAUGAAAUUGUUGAUCCUCCUAUGAAUUCAUCAAUUAUGUCAGAGAAACCACUUUUACCACCAAGGCAUAUAAAAUGUCCUGGUAGUGUUUCACCUCCUCCACUGCCCCAAAAACCCUUAAAACUGAAAGAAAACUUACUUGGUAAUGAAAGAAUAGAUGGUGUAAAGACAUUUUGCCGUCCUAAGCUUCCAAUCAAACCAAACAAUGAUUAUCCUGCUGAAUCAAGUCCUCCCACAACGUCCCCUAAUAUAGGCUUUAUAAGUUCUUUGAUGGGAAGAAGAUCAAGCACUCCUACAUCUUCUCCUAAGACUCAACACAAAGGAAAUGUUGAUAAUUUUUCCACUAGUCCAUCUAAUAUGAAAUUUUUGAGUGGAAGUCAUUCUUCAUUGUCUUCAUCGUCUGAUAAAGAUGGGGAUGUAAAGAAGACUAUGCCUUUACCACCUCUACCACCACGGUCUGUUUUGAAUGCCUUAGAAGAGACAGCUCAAAAUAUGGCAACAAGACCAUUACCUCCUGUGCCUACAUCUAAAUCAGAUGAUAAACUUAAUGAAAUUUUAGAGCAAGAUAUUCAAAGUUAUCCAUGGUUUCAUGAAAUUGAACGUGAAUAUGCAGAAACAGCUGUCAAAAAACUAAAUGAGCCUGGUUCUUUUGUUGUAAGACCCAGUAAACGAGCUGGAAAGGAGAACCCAUACAGUCUAACAGUCUUACAUGAAAGUAAACUUUUCCACCUCAAUGUUCGGCAAAGAUCUGACAAUACUUAUGCACUAGGUAAAGAGAAAGAAAAAGAGAAGACUUUUUCUACAGUAGCAGAAUUAAUUGUUUACCAUCAAAAUGAACCAAUUUUACUUAAGAAUCGUGGCGAACCAGCAGGAAAAACCAAAUUAUGUAAAUAUCCAGAGAAAACAUAAGCUGUUGAUGUUUAUUUUAUUAUUGAAUGCAUUUAUUUAUAUUUUUUGUGAAUUCCAGAAUUAGUCUCUAAAUGUUGAAUGUUGCCUCACUAUGUUACGGUAAGAAUUUUAAUAAAGUGAGAAAAAUUCCUAUUUUUUACAAAACCUAUAUAAAUUUAUUGGAUUUCAUUGCGAUUAUUAUUCAUGUACAAGUUAAUUAAAGUGAAAUAUAUUUUUACUAAGAAGGCACUGAACACUUUUAUCUGCAUAUUAAAAUAUUUCAUAUUUUUAGAAUUUUGGAAACUUUAUACGAGUUGUUACAAUUGAAAAUUCUAUAUACAUUGUUAGAUUUAGAGAUCUAUUUAUAAGUUAAAUGGUGUUGUAAAAAAUUUACAUUUAAGUUUUUCUCCUUCAUUUGAUUUUCACUCAUCUAAUGAACUGUUUUAUUUGACACUAAUUUAAGUAUGUUGUUAUGUACAAUAAGAAAAUUUCUUAGCUACUUAGUAAUUGCAGAAUUAAUUAGAACUUAGGUAUUCAUAAAUUCUUUUUAUGAGCUUUAACAUGGUUUUCUGUAAUAAUGCACAAUGUUCAGAAAUUUCAUAUAUAUUUAUAAAGAAAAGAAAAAUUUAAACGGCUUUCAAGACCCAUAUUCCAUCUAUGUUUUCAAUAUUCAUUCUUAUUUGUUAUAUAUUUUAAUAUUUAUUUCAUCUUGUAUGCUAAAUAUUUUAAUCAUAAAAAAUCACCUAUGAGAUUGUUAGUCAUAGUACAUAUGACUUGAAAAUUAUUUGCUUUCUACUAAGUUAUUAAAAAUAUUAGUUUAUUAUUUAACUUCUAAUAAAAUGUGGAGGUCAGCUAAAUUGAGAUCAAGGCCUCUGUUUUCAUCAAAAUAACAGUUUAUGCAUAGCUGAUCACUUUGUAAUUUAUGCAUAGCUAAUCACUUUGUAUACAUAAAUGAAAUGCAUGAUAUAGAUUUUAUUUAUACUUUUUUCAAUUAAAAAAUGACUUAAAUUUACUUAUAAUGAUUUUAGUUCUUUAAACAAAAUGCAUUGAUGAAGAUGAUUUUUGCAGAUGUUGCAAUUUUAUCAAUAUUUUCAGGUUUUUGUUUGUGCUAGAGCUUUAUUCAAUGAUUUUAUAUAUUUGACAAAAGUUGUAUUAUUUUAAUUUUUAUGAAUGUUAAAAAUAAAUGUUUUAUUUGAAACUUUAAAUACAUUCCAAACUUUUGCUUUUCUCAGGAGUUGUGAACAUGACAGUAUUUUUUUUGUUGUAUAUUUGUGAAUAAGAAAGCUUAUGGUUUAAAAAAAUAUUUAACGUAAUUAACUUAUUCAAAUUUCAAUACAUCCUUUAAACUAAAAAGUAUAUUGAUGUUUCAAUAUUCUUUCUAAUUUUACCUAGUCUUUAUGAACUAAUUAUUCCUGAUUUAUUUUUAUUUAUGAGGAAUUUCUUUCAUAUGUUUUUAAUCAUAUAUAAGAAGUAGAUAUAUUUUUAUAUCAAACAGUUUAAUAAAAUCAUGACUGCCUUCAAUAAGAGAGAACAUUUUGGAUGCAAAUAUUUCUGUAAAUUGUUUACAAAAUAUGCAAAUUUCAUGUUUUUACAAGAAAAUUGAGUCAUUGAUCUUAUUGCAAUGAUCAAUAACUAUUUCAAAAUGUAUUUCAAAAUUUUUUAUGAAUAAAACUGAGCAAUAAUAUUUUGAUAA